AUGUCGCACAUUGUUGAGCACCUGAAUGCGCCAAGCACAUAUCGCGACUCGCGCGCGCGAAGCUCGGCGAUUGAGCAGCAGAUGGCGAUCGCACAGAGCUCGACGCUGUACAUUGGCAACCUCUCGUUUUACACGACGGAGGAGCAAAUGUACGAGCUCUUUGCGCGCGUUACGCACGUCGUAGGUGGCGGCGGCAUCAAGCGAAUUAUCAUGGGCCUCGACCGCAACACCAAGACGCCGUGUGGAUUCGCGUUCGUCGAAUUUUAUACGCACGAGGAGGCCGUCGACUGCAUGCGCUUCGUGUCGGGCACCAAGCUCGACGAGCGUGUUAUCCGCUGCGACUUGGACCCCGGCUACCGCGACGGUCGCCAGUACGGCCGCGGGCGCUCUGGCGGCCAGGUGCGCGACGAGUACCGCCAGGAAUACGAUGCCGGCCGCGGCGGCUGGGGCCACAAUAAGCUGCGCGAGGAAGAGGAAAAGAAGCGGCAGGAGGCGAUGGAGCGUGAGCGCGAGCGCCACGAGCGCCGCGAGGAGGUGUACCGCGAAGACAAGGACGCCAUCGAUGCGCACAAGGCGCCCAGCGGCGCCGAUGGCGAGUACUACGAGACGGAGCACGCCGAGCGUGCUGGCCCUGCGCCGGAGCCUGAGCCGUCGGCCAAGCGCGCCCGCGCCGAUGACGAGGCGGAGGCCGACACGUCGGAGGCCAAGGUGGCGCGCACCGACGAGUAG